UGACGCUUGUUUAAGUGGGUCAUACAAGGAUGAAGCUUGUGAGGUUUCUUAUGAAAUUGUCCCAUGAGACGGUAACCAUUGAACUAAAAAACGGUACGCAGGUUCACGGAAGUAUUGCUGGUGUUGAUGUGUCAAUGAAUACACAUAUGAGGUCCGUUACUUUGACGCUUAAAAAUCGGGAUGCGAUUAACUUGGAUACACUAACUGUUCGCGGAAACAAUAUCCGAUAUUUCAUUCUCCCAGAAAGUCUUCCACUUGAUACACUUUUAAUUGAUGAAGGCCCUCCGAAAAGAAAACCUGGACGGGAAGAACGUCCUACUAUUCGUGGACGGGGUCGCGGUCUUGUUCGUGGUCGUGGACGCGGUGGACCUCGAGGACGUGGUCGUGGUCCUCCGAUGCGUUACUAAAAUCUUUCAUGUUAUGUAUAUGUCUAAUCACCGAGGACUAUCCCCACAAUUUUAUUUCAACAAUAAAAGUUUUGUAUAAAUGA